AUGGAAGAGCGGAGCAAUCUUGGUGGAUAUAAAAAUGGUGCAUCAGCUAGUGAGGACUCCGAGUCUUUGCCACCAGAAAUGGCUUACAGAGAAGCCUGCCGACGAAAAGCAGACCAUCUAGCCAGGUCGAAGAUCAACUCUGUAGUUGUAGGCCGACGUGGAGGAGGAGUAGAUGUAGAGGCGAUAAUGGUGAGAACAUUCGGAAUAUUAUAUAUUAUUAUCUCCCCUUUUGACUACCAUUUACAAUUAUCGAUGCUAUAA